UCUUAUUACUGUUUUUUCGUCUAAGUUUAAAAUUUAAUAUAUUAAAAUUCGUCUAGAAUAUGUCUUGGAAGUUAUUUAGGUGAAUGAACUUAAUCUUCCUUAUGUUACAGGAAAUCAUGUCUGCUAAGUAUUAUGUAUUGAAAGCGGGUAGAAUUAUAUUGGAUUUCGUUACAAAUUUAAUUUUUUCGAUUAUUUAUUCUGGAAAACCUGAAAGAAUACGUCCCGUUUCCGAUCCUCUUUUAUUGGAACCGGCUACUUCACUUGUCAAGAAGAUAAUUAAGCAGCAGAUGAAAUGUGUAGAUGUUGUGGAAGCAUAUAUUUCAAGAAUCAAGGAAAUUCAACCCAUUAUUAAUGCAGUUUCAGAAGACAGGUUUGAAGAUGCCCUGAAAGAUGCACAAAGUGUAGACAAUCUUAUUACCUCACGUAAAUAUUCAGAAGAAGAAUUAGAAAAAAGAUAUCCUUUCUUAGGAAUCCCAUUCACAAUUAAGGAAAAUAUUGGUGUUAAAGAUAUGUUAAAUACUGCUGGUUUAUACUCAAGUAAAGGAACAAGAGCUUCAGAAGAUGCCAAAGUAGUAGCAUUAAUGAAAAAUGCAGGAGGCAUUCCAUUAGCUGUUACUAAUCUUCCAGAAUUAUGUAUGUGGUGGGAAACUAAUAAUAAAAUAUAUGGACGAACUUUGAAUCCUUAUGAUACUAGAAGAAUCGUUGGGGGUAGUAGUGGAGGUGAAGCUGCUGUCUUAGCUGGUGGAGGUUCAUUAAUUGGAAUUGGAUCAGAUAUAGGUGGUAGUAUUAGACUUCCAGCAUUCUUUACUGGUGUAUUUGGUCAUAAAACAAGCAAGCUUGGACCAAUGUGUCGCUAUGCCAAUGAUUUAUUACCAAUGUUGAAAGUUUUGUCUGGAGAAAAUAGCACAAAACUUACAUUAGAAGAAAAGGUAAAUAUUAGCAAGUUAAAGAUUUACUAUAUGGAAAAUGAUGGUGGAAAUCCAUUGAGCUCACCAGUUAAUUCAGAAUUAGUAAAUGCCCAAAAACAGGUUUUGAAGCAUUUUGAAGAAAAAUACAAUAUUAAACCAAUCAAAGUAAAUAUAAGAAAGAUGAAAUUGUCCUUUGCAAUUUGGAGUCAAAAUAUGGCAAGUAUUCCAGCUCCAUCUUUUGCUUCAAUUAUGGUACAGAAGAAAGGAGAAGUCAAUCUAAUUUUAGAAUUAUUAAAAUGGUGUAUAGGAAUGUCUGAUUUUACUUUACCAUGCAUAUUGUUUGCUAUAUUUGAAAAACGAAAUCGCAACAAAGUUAAAAAAGAAAAUAAAUUUAUUCGUAUGGCAAAUGAAUUAAAAAAAGAAUUCGAAAGCAUUCUUGCUGAUGACGGAAUAUUUUUAUAUCCUUCUCAACCUGAAACUGCAAUAUUUCACAACCAAUCAAUAUUUAAAUUUCAUAAUCCUAGUUAUACAGCUAUUUUUAAUAUUCUGGGAUUGCCAGUAACCCAAUGCCCUUUGGGUUUAAGCUCUGAAGGUUUGCCUUUAGGCAUACAAGUUGUCGGAGGUCUCAAUAAAGAUCAUUUAACAAUAUCCGUUGCCAUGGAAUUAGAGAAAGCUUUCGGAGGUUGGAAAAAUCCAAAUUUGCAAUAAAGGAUUAAGGUUAAAUUGAAGAUGACCAAAUCAGUAAUGCUAUUUACUGGAUGAUGACAUAAAAGUAAUAUAAAAGUUGUUUUCACAUUUUACACGUAUAAAAUAGCAGUUUAAAAAUUGUUACCAACUUAUGUCUUUUAUUAUUUAAUAAAUGUAAAUUAAUAUUUAAAUUAAGGAAAUAAAUGAAAAUGCAAUAUAUAACAUGCCUUACUUUUUUCCUCAAAAAUCGCCCUACACCUAAUUGACAGUCAGCGUUGGGCUAGAGAAUUGUAGUUUCUAGCAUAUGAUGAAAAAGUUAAAUACUUCAUUUUGUAUAGUGAUAGGAUUGCAACUUUCAGGAUAAGCAAUUCCAAACACAGUGUGUAAAAAUACCAACUUGAAAAAAGUUGAACCAAAAGAAAAUGUACAAACAAACUUGGAGACAUUUUUGGUCAACAAUUUUCAAAAAUUGUAAGCCUGAAGUUUGUUUUUGUGUCUGAAUGCCUUUCCUUAACCUGAAGAAAGGAAUUAGAUGGAAGUUGGGAUCAGAUAUGGAAUGAUUAUAUAGUGAUUAUAUUAUCGUAUAUAGUUAGUUACUCGGGGCCUCCUUCCCCGAGUAACUAACUAUAUACGAACUUCUGGUUUGCACCAUAAAUCAUGCUGUUUCAAUUAAAAAUUUCCUCUAAAUGGAAUUAGUUAGAUGAUGACCUGACACUAUUGCUAACAGGAAAAAUAUGAUGAAGGCAGGACACUACUAAAAUUGAGAACGUUGUGAUGAAAUAUUGCAGCCUGGUAUUGUGACAUCUUCACAAUAAAUCUUUUGUUGUCAUUUUCCUUUCGAUGAUUACGAUUAUGAUAAGAUAGCCGGAUUGCUGUGGCACAUAAGGUGUCAGCUUACUGCUCUAAGGUACCAAGUGAGAAAUCCCAGAAAGAUUCAUUCCGAAUAUACAGUAUCAGACCCUGUCUCUCACCAUUCAAUUACCUUCAUUGUGAGAAUGGCUGAACUCACGAUAGGUAUGAUUACCAGUACAAUUACUUGCCCAAAGGGUACAAAGAUAGUAAAAUUGGGAAAAGCGCAAAUUCGCAGGAAUGAAAAUAAUUUCGAUUAUAAAUAGUGGUGCCAUCUUCUCUGUGGAAAAGAGAGGAGGGAAAACCAACUCUUCGUUCAUUUUUCAGAAUAUUUCCGAACAAUUUUUUAAAAAAUAAUUUAAAUUUGGAAAACCUCGCAACCUCUAUAUAGUCCUUAGACUCUGGACGCAAAAUUUAUGCAUUUAGCGAGAAAAUUUUGAAUGGUCUCCGUGCACACUUAUGGCCGGACUGGCGAACGUCAAACACUGCACACUGCAAAGAUAGCCAAAUCCCGUGAUUUUACAUGAUCUUGGAUCCAUGUGAUGUCGUAACGACACCUAUACUGUACUUCAACAUGACAGAUGCUUUCAAAUAAAAUACGAAAAAAUACUAAAAUCAUUUAUUAAUUAAUUACUAAAUUACUACUAAUUGUAAAUUACUAUAGAAUUUUCGGAUU